AUUGUAUAUCUAAUUUUUAUUUUCUUUUCCCCAGCUCACACAACAUCUCGCAACACACAAUGGAGUUCGUAAGCACAAAUGCCCACACUGUUCUUCGGCAUUUUCCUGCGCUGCGAACCUCAAGAUGCAUCUCAAGAGUCACAUGGACAUCCGGGACUACACGUGCCACAUCUGCGGGAAAGGAUUUUUCCGACCGGAUGCGUUAAAGAAGCAUCUGCUCUGCUAUCAUGCCAAUUUGAAGGCUUUUCACUGCAAUAUUUGUAACAAGAUGUUUAAAGGUCACCUGCCGCAGCACAUGAGAACGCACAAGAUGAUUCGGCCGCACGGAUGUGCCGUUUGUGGAGCUGUUUUUUCUCAACGAUCACAACUUGUAGUUCAUCAACGCAUCCAUACAGGAGAGAGACCCUAUAGAUGUCAGGUCUGCUGGCAAGCGUUUGCACACUCAAGUGUACUGAAAUUGCACAUCCGGAAACACACUGGCGAAAAACCGUUCGAAUGUCCCAUCUGUAGCGUUGGAUUUUCGCAACUUCCUCACCUGAAAAAGCACAUGCUCUCUAUUCAUAAUCAGGAUAAGUCGUACCUUUGCAAGACUUGCAAUAUCUUUUUCAAGACUAAACUGGACCACCAAAACCACAUGGCUAGUUGCGCGCCGGAAUCGAAAUCGGCCACUAGCGUGGAAGAGAUUAUAGAUAGAAAUGUGAAAGCCGCCAACAGUGGGGUCGAACCACCGAUGCCCUUGUCACAAAUGAGAUUCCUAGUAGCUAUUCUACUGAAAAAGAUUUCCACGGAAGAGCGACUGAAAGACUUGGGAUUCGAUAAACGACUGAUAGAUAACGUUCUCGUUGAUUCGCUUAAAUGCGCUGGACGCAAGGCCUUCGACGAUAAAACGUUAGAUCCGGCCUAUCGCUUGAAGCAGAACGUCCAGGAACUCCUCGAGUGGACCGUGCCACCCAAGUACAUGGAUGACUUCAAGAAAGCCAAUCGCAGCACCGAAGAAUUGCUGGAGGAUUUAACGAACUAAAUGAAUUUUCUUGAUAAAUUUUGGUUUCUCCGUGCCGUAAUUAGUGAAUUUAUAUCAAACCAAACGAAUUAGUUAACACUCCUCCGACCGUGAUAGGUUUUACUUACACGAACGACCAUGCCUCGAAA